AUGUUCGUCAAUCUCUUAUGGAUACUGUGCCUGGCUCUGUCGAGGUUUGUCCUUGGUCAAACUGAUAACGGCAUUCAGAAUGACCCUAUUUCAGUGUUUGUCACGUCUCCCGGCUCAGGGUCCGGAAACUAUGUGUUUGCCCUCAAUGUUCCCUCAAACUCGGGAGAUAUCUACUUUCACCUCUCGGGUCCAGCUGCAUACUCCUGGGUUGCGGUUGGAACAGGAUCAAAAAUGAAGGAUUCGCUUAUGUUUAUUGCAUACUUGAACUCGACUGGAAAUGGCGUUACACUCAGUCCGCGAAUCAGCACCGAUGAAACGGAACCAAGUUACUCAUCUAGCAUCAAUGUUGAAACUCUGUCCGGCACUGGAGUAUUUAAUGGAACCAUUUCUGUUAAUGCUCGCUGCACUAACUGUACGAAGUGGAACAAGGGUUCCUUGAAUCUGAAGAGUACGAGUCAAUCUUUCAUCUACGGUCUGGGACCUAGCUCCGGAAGUCUCAAAAAGCUACAGAGUGAUUCACUCUCAGCUGGAAUCGAACGCCACUCUGUUUAUGGCAACUUCGUGAUGAACAUGACCAAAGCAACCGGAGGAACCGACGGCACCACUCUUCUAUCAACAACAUUUUCAUCCGUCACAACAAGUAGUGGAGCAUCGGCCGAUGGCGACCAGACACAUGACAGCAAUUGGCCAGUCAUUAUACACGCAGUUGCUCUCUCUGUCGCAUUCAUAAUCCUUAUGCCCGGAGGAGCCAUACUCCUACGCAUAAUCCCCGCGAGCGUCCGGUGGCAUUGGGUCAAUCAAAGCGUCGCUACCAUCCUUGCCGGCAUCGGCGGCGUUAUCGGUCUCUGGUUGAGCACAAUGUAUAACCGAUCCAGCAGCUACAACUCCGCCCAUCAGGUUCUGGGUAUAAUAUGCGUCGUGGCAGUACUUGUGCAAUGGUUCCUGGGAUUCUGGCACCAUUGGCAAUACAAAAAGCAUCAGACACCGACCAAAUAUGGCGCCGUACAUUUGCAUAUGGGCCGGAUCAUCCUGGUAUUGGCUAUUGUUGUCGGAGCAAUCGGGUUAUCCUGGUCAUCUGUCAAGACUGGCGUUAUCAUCGCAUACGUGGUGAUUGCAGGUGUCAUCGUGGUUGUCGUCCUUGCUCUGUCGAUGUGGAAAAGACAUUUCUCGGAGUCGCUAUCAUUUCUUCCUGCUUUCGGGCCAUCCAAAAGAUCGGUGAAUAGCGAGGGAAGCUACGAAAAUCUGGCGGAUCCAUUCUCGAAUCGCUAUGAAUAUCGGUCGUAUGAGUCAAAUACCCCGUUGGCCAGCUAUCCGAAUGCGAACAAUUCUAGGUAA